GGGGCGGGGGGGCCGCGCCGCGCGAGCCGUUGGGCCUGGCUCAGAGAAGGCGUCGCUGCCGCAGCCUUUGCCAUCGCUUGGGAACAGAAGUAGCGGGAGCAAGCGCAGCGUGGCGAUGGGUGGGAGCCGCGGCCCGCCGGAGAGGCUGGGCGGCCACCGGUGACAGACUGGGCUCUGUCCACGGUGCCUCCUGCAUGUCCUGCUGCCCUGAGCUGCCCCAAGCGAGGUGACAGCGUGUCGCGCUGCCACCAUGAACGAGGUGUCUGUCAUCAAAGAAGGCUGGCUCCACAAGCGCGGUGAAUACAUCAAGACCUGGAGGCCCCGGUACUUCCUGCUCAAGAGUGACGGCUCCUUCAUUGGGUACAAGGAGAGGCCCGAGGCCCCCGACCAGACCUUACCCCCCUUAAACAACUUCUCCGUAGCAGAAUGCCAGCUGAUGAAGACCGAGAGGCCACGGCCCAACACCUUCGUCAUCCGCUGCCUGCAGUGGACCACGGUCAUUGAGAGGACUUUCCACGUGGACUCCCCAGACGAGCGGGAGGAGUGGAUGCGGGCCAUCCAGAUGGUCGCCAACAGCCUCAAGCAGCGGGGCCCGGGCGAGGACCCCAUGGACUACAAGUGUGGCUCCCCCAGCGACUCCUCCGCUGCUGAGGAGAUGGAAGUGGCGGUCAGCAAGGCUCGGGCCAAGGUGACCAUGAACGACUUCGACUAUCUCAAACUCCUGGGCAAGGGCACCUUCGGCAAAGUCAUCCUGGUGCGGGAGAAGGCCACCGGCCGCUACUACGCCAUGAAGAUCCUGCGGAAAGAGGUCAUCAUCGCCAAGGAUGAAGUCGCCCACACGGUGACCGAGAGCCGCGUCCUCCAGAACACCAGGCACCCGUUCCUCACAGCGCUGAAGUACGCAUUCCAGACCCAUGACCGCCUGUGUUUCGUGAUGGAGUACGCCAAUGGCGGAGAGCUGUUCUUCCACCUGUCCCGGGAGCGCGUCUUCACGGAGGAGCGGGCGCGGUUCUACGGUGCGGAAAUCGUCUCGGCUCUCGAGUACCUGCACUCGCGGGAUGUGGUCUACCGCGACAUCAAGCUGGAAAACCUCAUGCUGGACAAAGACGGCCACAUCAAGAUCACUGACUUCGGCCUGUGCAAAGAGGGCAUCAGCGACGGGGCCACCAUGAAGACCUUCUGUGGGACGCCGGAGUACCUGGCACCCGAGGUGCUGGAGGACAACGACUAUGGCAGGGCCGUGGACUGGUGGGGGCUGGGCGUGGUCAUGUACGAGAUGAUGUGCGGCCGCCUGCCCUUCUACAACCAGGACCACGAGCGCCUCUUCGAGCUCAUCCUCAUGGAGGAGAUCCGCUUCCCGCGCACGCUCAGCCCGGAGGCCAAGUCCCUGCUCGCCGGGCUGCUCAAGAAGGACCCCAAGCAGAGGCUCGGUGGGGGGCCCAGUGACGCCAAGGAGGUCAUGGAGCACAGGUUCUUCCUCAGCGUCGACUGGCAGGACGUGGUGCACAGGAAGCUCCUGCCGCCCUUCAAGCCCCAGGUCACCUCCGAGGUCGACACGCGGUACUUCGACGACGAGUUCACCGCGCAGUCCAUCACAAUCACACCCCCCGACCGCUAUGACAGCCUGGGCUCGCUGGAGCUGGACCAGCGGACGCACUUCCCCCAGUUCUCCUACUCGGCCAGCAUCCGCGAGUGAGCAGCGCCUGCGCCACAGGACACGCACGGCCGCCACCUGCCGCCCCACGGCAGUUUUUUAAAGAAACUGUAUUUUGCCUUUUUGGUUUGUGUCCCCAGCCCUCACCACCUCACCCCUGUUCCCAGUUCCUCUUUCCUCCUCUCCCAAACUCAGCGAUUGGUGCCAGCGGCCCCGGCCUCCGGCCCCACCUCUGUGCCCAGGCCCCGGCCGUGGGGAGGAGGGAACCCCGCGGGGGUGACCGUGGGGCCUGCCCGAGUUCUCGGCCAGGCUGCAGUGCAUGUGGCCUGUGGGCUGCUCCCCUGCGUGGAGGCUGCCUUCGGGCUGCACCUGCGCACAGCGUCCUGGUGCUGCCUUCCAUGCCCCUCGGCCCCCAUGGGGGCAGAAAAGCAAUAAUGUCCAGGGACAGGCAGGGCUUCUGGAAGCUGCCAGGCUGGGGUGAGGGCUCCCUCGUGAGUGGAGCCAGGUCCCAGGAUCCACAUUGUGGGGGACUGGGAGGGGCCUCCCCACCCUGCUCCCACUAAGCUGCUCUCCUGCCCCUGUGGGCCAGGCAGCAGGAACUUGUGGGGGCUCUCUGCCUGUCCCCCAGCCCCGUGCCUUACCAGGGCUUCCUUCUCCUGGCCCUACCUCCAGCUGGACCCUGGGCCUGGGGGUCCCGGCCUGUCCGCCUGGGGGUGGGGCGGUGCCAGCCCGGCUGUUACACAUCUCCCACCAAGACAGUAUUGGGCCCUGCAAACCUGGGGAGGGGUGGAGGGGGCGUGUCUGGUACGGGUUGGGGCGGGCCUCUGAGAAGGGAGCUCCUGCACCACCCCCUCUCCCCUCCCCAGGACCCCACGUCCUGCAGCCUUAAGGGGGUCGUGAGCGCGAGUCCAAGUCCGUGCUGUGGCCGUGCGUGCGUGCCUAGGACUGCGUGACAGCGACGCCCUGAACUUCCGGAUGCGGACGUGUGUGUGCGUGUGCGUGCGUGUGUGUGUGUGAGGGCAGCCCUCGGGUGUGCAUGCGUGGACGGUGUGGGCGCCAGCCCCUGCCUGGCCCGUGGGGAGGGGUGCUGACCCAGUGAGGAGCCCCGCCUGGGGUCCACUGCUGCCCCCUCGCCUUCUCUGGCCCCAGCAUCUCUGGGUGUUUGGAAUUCGGUUUCUGUGGUCUGGAUCCCCCACCCCGUCCCUGUUCUAGGCAGUUGACAAAGGCAAGUGGGGUGGGGGCGGCUUGGGUGGGGUCUUCUUUCCUGGGUGUGUGUUGUUCACCGGACAGUUCUGCCCAUCCCCACUGGCCUCCCCCUCCUAUUUGUACGGUACGAGCAAUAAAGACACUCAUUUCA